UUAAUCUCACUCUGAUACAUCGUUAUUUUAGACGAACAUUAGUUAAUACUUCACGUCGGACAUAAUUUUUAAAGAGCAUUGAUACGGCCACUAUUUUAUUCAGACGUAGAUGGGGAGAUGUGGUGCUACCAGAAGCCGGGGUUUGAAGCCCUCCUCCUCGCCGAGCUGCAGAGACAGCAACAGUGCAGCCAGUUCUGUGACACCCUGCUCAAGACAGAAGGUAUUUCAGUGCCGGCUCACAGCUGUGUCCUGUCCGCUCUCAGCACCCACUUCUCCUCCACUCUGUCCUCUGCGCCACAGCCCCCUGCAGGACAGAGCCGUCUCCUGGAGUUUGGGGCUCUAGGCGCCUGCACCCUGCUCCACAUGGUCCGACUGCUGUACUGUGGGGAGAUGGCAGGCGAGGGGGAGAAGGAGAAGCAGGAAGCUAUCUCUGCUGCGGCCAAGCUUGGCAUCCACGGGCUAGUGGAGGUCACAAAAAGACAACUUCAGAGAGGCAGUGUGAAAGGAGACGGGGGGCACACCAAGGCAGGGGUGCAGACGGAGCUGCUGAUGCCUGAGGAGGAUGAAGGGAGAGGGGGCAGGUGGAGGAGAGAGGUGAGGGAUGGGAGCACCUUUCUGUGGAAAGACACACUGUCAGAUGGUAGAAAAGACUCAUGGACUCAAACAGAGGAGCUGCAAGAGCAAUUGGUUCCCGCUUAUCAACCAGCAGCCCCCCUUGAGACCAUCGAUAUAGCCUGUUUUCAGAGUUUAGGACAGACCACCUCCCAUUUUGUUCCCCCUCAAAUUCCCUACGUUCCCAUAUCCCUUGUCUACCCACCUAAUGAAAACCCAACACAACAAUUAUCAUAUGCCCUCAAGGACUCCAUGCAGGAAUCCACCUCAGCAGCUGGGUUCACGUCUAUUUUGGCACCUCAGCACACCUUUGUCCCCCAGACUCUUCUUCCUUUUUCCAGCCAAGGGCCCCCCUGUGCUGCUGGGCUUCAGAGCUGGUGGGCCGCCCCUCAUGAGCCAGCCGGAGAAGCAGCAGCAGCUAACGAAUGGGAGGACCAGAAUCUGGAGCAGUUUGAUGGCAACAUCACAGGAUACAUUCAGCACUUCCUGAACCCGGACAAGGAGGAGGGCGUCGGCAGGGGGCGAGCAAGAAGGAGGCGGGGCGCAGGAGAGGGAGGUGCCAGGAGAGGGGGGGCAGGAGAGAGGAGAGCCAGGAGACCAAAAGCAGGAACGGGAGGGAGGGGGAGAGGAGGGUUGACGCAGAUGGUGGAGGUGCAGGAGGUGGGGGUAAGCAGGCUGCAGAAGCUGUUCCUGCAGAGGGUCUUGGGGGGGACGCCCAGGACGGGACAGGGCGGAGGGGCUGCAGGCAGGAAGCUGUUCCUGAAGCCCAGAGAGCUCCUGAAGUCAACAAAGAAAAGAGGGCCCGGCAAAGUGUGGGGGGUGGGAGACGUGCUACCAUACAAAGGGGAGAGAGGAGGUCAAACGCAGCGUGGGAGGAAGAGAACAACGCAGGAGGUUAACCCGAACGGUCUUCCCGUUGGGCGGCCGAGGAGAGGGAGGCCCCCGCGUCUUCCCCCUCACGAGGAACAGUCCGAACACAUUGAACGUCUGCUGGAGGAAGCGAUGAACGACCUCGAUAUUUUAAAAAACAACGGUGCUCCUCAGCCUCAGCCUCCUCCUCUAACCCGCAGCAGCGACGUGGCCUCCUGUGGAAAUACUGUGACACAAAACCAAUCAGGCUCCAAUGGGUCCCCACGGGUUGUUGUUGUAGCGAGAGGAGGGGGCAGCCCCAGCGUAGCAAACCCUGGGACCCCCAUUCUGCAGCAGCAGGGGGAGGGGGAGGUGAACGAGACGCUGUACACCUUACUCCAGUCCUUCGAGCACUACAUGGACAGCUGCUCCGCCUGUGAAGAGGCGGAGACGGGCGCUCAGAGCCGCACCGAGGCCUGCCAGCUGCACACUGUCCCGAGAAGAAACAGAAGAAGAAGACAGACCCAAACCCCCAAGAGCCCUAACACCGCUCAGAGAAAGAAUACACCUCAUCCUGCCAUGCAACAGAGUGACGAGGCUGAAACACCUCUGAGGCGUUCACUGUCUUCUGCUCGCAGUGCCGCUCCACCUGAACACACAGAGGGAUCAACGGCACCGGACAAAAUCAGAAAAAGGAAAAGGAGAAGAAUAAAGCCGUAUAUGCUCUCAUUGGAAAGAAAGAGGAUGAGGAAGCCGGUGUCAUCCAGUGGAACAAAAACCACAACGAUUUUGGACCAGAGAGACGUGAAGCUGCUUCAUACGCCUGGGUUGAAACUGGAGAGGAGCGGCCGGCUGUCGGACGAAGUGAUGGAGCGCAUCUGCAAGGAAGUCAAGGUGGAAAACUUUGCUAACUCCACUCUGAUAAUUCUUCUGAUGAUCUCUGCUGUCACCAGUACAGCACAGUCUGAUACCUAUACAGUGGGGCAGAAAAGUAUUUAG